AUGGCUUUAUACAGUGAAGGAUAUUCCGGAAAGCCUAGAUUAGGAAUUCCUGGGGCAGUGACUUUCCUACGUAACAUCCCAGACAAAAAAGGCAAAGAACGACAGAACGGAGGGAAGGCAGACGAAGCCCUUAUUUUUCUUCAUCUUAUAAGGAAAACAGAAGACAGUCAUCGUAUUCCUGCCAUUAUGGUACGAGUUUCAUCUUUCCUGUUGACACUUUGCAUUGUCCUCAGCUUUUGUCUCCCAUCCAAUACCCAGAAUAUCAAUGCCUUUAUGGAAAAGCACAUUGUUAAGGAGGGAGUUGAAACAAACUGCAACCAAACCAUCAAAGAUAGAAACAUUCGGUUUAAAAAUAACUGCAAAUUCCACAACACCUUUAUUCAUGAUACCAAUGGUAAAAAAGUAAAGGAGAUGUGCUCUGGAAUUGUUAAAUCUACCUUCGUGAUCAGUAAGGAACCACUGCCUCUUACCGACUGCUUGUUGAUGGGGCGUACAGCAAAACCGCCAAAUUGCGCUUAUAAUAAAACAAUAACAACAGGGUUAAUUAAUAUCACUUGUGAAAACAAUUACCCUGUGCACUUUGCUGGGUACAAAUUAAGCUACUGUGCUUCAUAUUCUCCAUGUGCCUUAACCCUAAUAGCUGUUUUCCUACUCAGCCAGUUUCUACUCUCUGCUAUGAGGUGAUGCCCAGAGCCCAGAGCAUCAACAGCUAAAACAAGAGGGACUGAUAGUGAUGGAUGCCUAUACCUAAGCCAUUUUCACAUCUGUACCUGUGUUUACUUCAUAACAAAAAAGACAUACAUAAAAUUGAAUGAACCUUGCCAUGGACUGACUUCUAAAUAUGAAAAGCAACAUUUUCAAUUAUAGUCAAAUCAGGGCUGUCUAGUGGGCCAAGAAAACAAUUCACUGCUUGGGGACUCUCUAUUUGACUUAAAAGAAUCAGUGGGUCUGCAAAGAGUACAUUUGUGAUAUUAUGAGGGUUGGUCUGCUCACCCACUAUUUUUCCCUGAUUUAAAGGAGAAGGAAAGGCAUUUUGGCAUUUUACUGCCAACAGAUUAGCCACAUAAGUGCCACCUAGAACACUAUAUUUAUCUGCAGAAAGCUUGAUCCCUAGAGCACUAGAAGCUCCCUCUGUUUAAGAUAGUAUCUGCCAUUUUAGCUCUGUCUCAGUUGCUUCUGUGCUGCAGCGCUAGCUGCUGGUAGCUCAGAUUACACAUUCUGACAGGAGGGGGAGUGAAUUCUUAUGGGAGGGGGAGCAAAAAAAAAGUUAGAGAGGAGAGAACUGUGCAGACUCCUGCCCCUGCCCUGAAGGAGCCCAGAAGGAGAGGGAGUGUGAUACUGAAGAACAUGUUUACACAAAAGAAGACAAGAAAUCCUGUGUUUAUUUGAUUAACUCAUGUGGCAGUAGCUUUGAGACCACAACAACCUGUCUCAUAUUUAUGCAUUAUGCAAAGCAAUAUAUUUUCUUUCUGUGAUCAAA